AUGGCAGUAUCGCCUGAGCUUGCCCCGCAAACUCUCGGGCAAGUUGUCGAUUUGUCUGACUAUGAGCAAGAAGUUCUGCCUGAUGCGCCCGGCGACGACUGGAUCGUGCACAUGGUAGCCAGCAUGGAGCCCACCAGGCCAGAAAUCAUUCGAGGCGUCCCUGUGCACUGCGCUUUGCGGGGAUGUGGGCAGGCGAUGCGUGGGAAGCAGCGUGGACUGUACAAAUUCAGCUGUGCCACAGCAGACAUCGACGAGUUUUGGUCCCACAGCUGGCACACAUCUGCUUGGAUGAAGUUUGUCACGGCGUGGUAUUUGAACUGUGGUGUCAUCGCGGCUGCCUUCGGUAUGGUGGGUGCCGCCCUGGGCUGCGUCCUACACGCCGUGGGGGUUUUGCCUGCCACCGUUGACAACGGUUUCUGCAAGUCGCAGUGGAGUGUUUUGCUUGGGGUGACCUUCUACUGUUUGUCCUUCAUGUUCUGGCCGGUGAGGAAGCUUGUGUUCUUGGAUGUUCUCUGCAUAAACCAAGAGGACGAAGGCUUGAAGAGCGAGGCUAUGCUCAGCAUCGGCGCAAUCUUGAAGAGCUCAGCAUCAAUGCUUGUGUUGUGGGACCCGAGUUGGGUACAGAGAUUCUGGUGCGUGUUCGAGCUAGCAUCGUUUCUUCGCAGCCGACCGAAAGAAGCUACGAUAAGCCAGCAUCUGAGUAUUCGACCAAACCUCAUGGGACCGGUUUUGCUGAUCGGAAAGGCCGGCCUGAUCGUGUUACUUGUUGCAUGGCCGAACUUGUUGCAAGUGUUUGCGAGCAGCGAUGCGAUCCUGCUCGGUGCGAUCAUGGGAUUGACGAUAUCGGCAGGCCUCCUGCCGUGUUUCCUUUGUCUUGUCUACGUUGGCCGCCGCUUCUGUUGCAGCCUGGACACCCUACAGCAGCAACUCGGCAAGUUCCAAGUCAACGAUGCGAAGUGCUAUUGCUGCACCGUGAACCACGUGGACGAUAAGACCGGCGAGCGCAUUCCUUGCGACCGUGACAUCAUGAUGAAAUGCAUCGGAAUCUGGUUUGGAAGCGCGACUGACUUCGAGCACUUGGUGCGGGGACAUGUCAGGACAACACUGCUUCGAGAGCUCACCAGCCCUUUUUAUCUGUACCGGCAAAUCGUCAUGGCCUCUAGUCCUGUGAUGUGGCUGUUCUUGGAUCGAGUGGCCACCCUCCUCGUGGCCGAUGAUGUAAGCUCUGGAUUGUGUAUUGUGGUUGACGCGCUGUCAUGGUGGCUAAUGGCGAUACCUUGCCUCGUUUUGCUUGGCGCGGCUUUGGCCUACAAACUCCGCAUGAGGCAACCGCAUUGCCUGACCGAUUUUCUGCUCAGCCUUGCGGUGUUGUUGCCAGCAGCUGGGAUGCUGGUUGCAUUCGUUGCUAUUUAUAUCACUUCCGACAUGGGUUUCGUUUACUCCCUCCCUCCCCGCCCGGUUGGGAGGAUCGUGGCCUCGGUUGCCUUUUUCAUCGUGUCGGCGUUGCUCGCCGUGUCCGCACUGUACCUGUUCUGGAAGGCGAAGAAUCGUGCCAUCUGCACGUGA